AUGAGUCCAGACGGUGCUACGAAAAAUGAGAUCGACUUCAUCAUGUCGACGAAGAAGCAAAUAUUCAAUGAUGUCUCAGUGAUCAACGCGGUCAAAACCGGGAGCGAUCACCGACUAGUCCGAGGCACAUUGAAUAUCGACGUCAAGCUCGAGCGAAGUCGACUGAUGAGGUCUACGCUCCGACCAGCGCCCGUCCAUAUCCACAAUGCCGAAAGCUUUCAGCUCGAACUUCGAAACCAGUUUGACUGCCUGGGCAGUAGCGUGGACGAUCUGAAUGACGGUCUCGACGAGAUUAGUGUGGCCCUCCAACAACUUAAGAACAACAAGGCGCCGGGAGAUGACGGAAUCACAGCAGAGUUAUUAAGGGCAGCUGGAGAACCGGCUCUCAGGGUUCUUCAGAAACUCUAUAAUUCCGUUAUCCUCGAGGGACAUACGCCAAAGGCAUGGAGCAGAAGUGUGGUGGUACUGUUCUUCAAAAAGGGCGAUAAAGCCCUUCUGAAGAACUACAGGCCCAUCUCACUUCUGAGCCAU